AUGGCCGACGAAAACAAGGAGCAGAUUUCAAUCGACGAGACCCCCAUUUCCCCUAUCCGCCCGAAUGGUGAGAGGAGAAACUCUCUCGAACAACAUCUGAAGCAGCGUCCUGACCGCUCCGAACUUAUUGAGAGGAACAUCUUACCUGCUUCGAAUGUCGCACCCGGCCUUCAGGAAAAGCAGAGGGAGCUCGCAAGACACAUGCGCGCCGACUCGCUCAACGACAAGAUCUCCCACCGACCCCCUCCUGAGAAACUGAUCAAGGAUGGCGUACUUCACGAAGAUCCCCGAUCGCCCGAGGAGAAAUACCAAGAUGCCAUCGAGGAGGAAUAUGCCAAACGCGAGGGAGGUGCUUAA